GUCUUUAAACAGUUACUGAGCCUGUAUUCUGUUGACAGUCACAAUGCUGUUCUGCUGUAUAUCCUGUCAGCACGCUGCAGCAUGUCUCCAAUCCUUUUCAAGUUAAUGAUACGAUGAAUGAAUGUAUCCCUGCGCAUGCGCACAUAGUGCAGGGACUCCCACGUGUGUGUGUACAGGUCCGUGCUGUCCUCCCCACAGUUCAGACCUCCGGUGAGUCCAGAAGGAGCUCAAACACUCCGCUGCGGGUCUAAACUUCUCCUGGUCUAACUCUGAAGCUUCAGACUGAACCUCAGUCAUGGCUAUCAUCAGGUUCUACAGUCCUGAGGCUGUGAGGGGGCGGGGCUUACAGAGGGCAGCUAAGCUCCACCCCCAGCUGUCAAUCAUCUCUGAGCUGUGCUACAAUGUGGAGCUGACAGGCUGUGACAGUCUGAGUCCUGAACAGAAGCAGGUCCUGCUCUGGUUGUUGCGGCGCCCCCUGCAGGACGAGCCUCUGUCUGAGGAGCCACAGCUGACGGAGGGUCAGGGUGGGACUGUGGUGGAGAUCGGACCCAGGUUGAACUUCUCGACCGCCUGGUCCACAAACACCGUCUCCAUCUGUCACAGCGUUGGCCUCUGUGACAUCACACGGGUCGAACUGUCCCGCAGGUUCCUCAUCAAGUCAGAGGACGGAGCGAGUUUGAGCGAUGACGUCAUGAAACAGCUGACUGACUGUCUCCAUGACAACAUGACGGAGUGUAUCUACAAACAUCCCAUAACCUCCUUCGCCGUGGAAACCAAACCUCAGCCGGUGUUCGAGGUGGACGUGGUGGGGCGGGGCCGAGCAGCGCUCGAGGCGGUGAACGAUGAACUCGGUCUAGCCUUUGACUCCUGGGAUCUGGACUUCUACACCUCCAUGUUCCAGAAGAUCCAGAGGAACCCGACCAGUGUGGAGUGCUUCGACCUGGCCCAGUCCAACAGCGAGCACAGUCGUCACUGGUUCUUCAGAGGGAGGAUGGAGGUGGACGGGGCGGAGCAACAGGAGACGCUGUUCAGCCUCAUCAUGGCAACACAGAAACACAGCAACCAGAACAAUGUCAUCAAGUUCAGUGACAACAGCAGUGGGAUCAAAGGAGUGGAGCUGGAGUGUGUUUAUCCCGAGGAUCCGUCUCGAGCGAGUCCGUAUGAGACUCGGUCCUCUCUGAGACACGUCAUCUUCACUGCAGAGACACACAACUUCCCCACAGGUGUGGCCCCGUUCAGUGGAGCGACCACGGGGACGGGAGGUCGUAUCAGAGAUGUGCAGAGUGCCGGGCAGGGGGGACACGUCAUCGCUGGAACAGCCGGAUACUGCUUUGGGAACCUGCAUGUUCCAGGUUAUGUCCUGCCCUGGGAGUCUAAAGGAGACGGCUGGGAUUACCCCCCAACCUUUGCCCCCCCUCUGCAGGUGGCCAUCGAGGCCAGUAAUGGAGCCUCCGACUACGGCAACAAGUUUGGAGAGCCCGUCCUGUCAGGUUUUGCUCGUUCUUUCGGCAUGCGGCUGGCUAACGGGGAGCGGCGUGAGUGGAUCAAACCGAUCAUGUUCAGCGGCGGUCUCGGUUCCAUCGAAGACGCUCACAUAAAGAAAGAAGAGCCGGAGAUCGGUAUGGAGGUGGUGAAGAUUGGAGGGCCGGUGUACAGGAUCGGCGUCGGAGGAGGGGCGGCGUCCUCCGUGCAGGUUCAGGGAGACAACUCGAGCGACAGAGACCUCGGGGCGGUGCAGAGAGGAGACGCUGAGAUGGAGCAGAAGAUGAAUCGGGCUCUCAGGGCUUGUCUGGAACGCAGCGGCGGGAACCCGAUCUGCAGCAUCCAUGACCAGGGGGCGGGAGGAAACGGUAAUGUGCUGAAGGAGCUGAGUGAGCCUGCAGGAGCUGUUAUUUACUGCAGCAAAUUUAAGAAAGGGGACCCCACCCUGAGCGUGCUGGAGCUGUGGGGGGCGGAGUAUCAGGAGAGUAACGCUCUGUUGCUCCGCCCAUCAGACCGGUCCUUCCUGGAGCGCGUCUGUCAGAGAGAGAAGUGUCCCGUGGACUUUGUGGGAAACAUCAGUGGAGACGGAAAGAUCGUGCUCCUGGAUGACGAGAGGGGCGGUGAUGACGGAGCAGACAGGGGGCGCUGUCCUGUAGACCUGCAGCUGGAGUGGGUUUUGGGGAAGAUGCCGCAGAAGGAGUUUAAGAUGCAACGUCUGACCCCGACCCUUCAGCCGCUGGUUCUUCCUGCUGGCUUGACGGUCAGGGACGCUCUGGAAAGAGUCCUACGUCUGCCGGCUGUGGCAUCCAAACGCUACCUGACCAACAAGGUGGACCGGUCUGUGACAGGUCUGGUUGCCCAGCAGCAGUGCGUGGGCCCUCUCCACACCCCGUUAGCUGAUGUUGCCGUUGUUGCUCUGUCACCGUUCAGCCUGGAGGGGGCAGCGACGGCCAUCGGGGAGCAGCCAAUCAAAGGCCUUGUGAGUCCUGCAGCGGGGGCUCGCAUGGCGGUGGGCGAGGCUCUGACCAACCUGGUGUUCGCCAGAGUCACGGCUCUGAAGGAUGUGAAGUGCAGCGGGAACUGGAUGUGGGCGGCGAAGCUUCCAGGUGAGGGGGCGUGUCUUUGGGACGCCUGCAGAGCCAUGUGUGAUGUCAUGGGUCAGCUGGGCGUGGCCAUCGACGGCGGCAAAGACUCUCUGAGUAUGGCAGCGCGCGUUGGCAGAGAGACGGUUAAAGCUCCAGGUGCUCUGGUGAUUUCUGCGUACGCCGUUUGUCCUGACAUCACAGCCACGGUGACCCCCGACCUCGAGGACCCCGACGGAGAAGGCGAGUUGCUGUGGGUCCCUCUCAGUCCUGGUCUGGCCCGGUUGGGGGGUUCUGCUCUGGCUCAGUGCUUCAGUCAGCUGGGGGACGUCUCUCCUGAUCUGGAUCAGCCUGAACUUCUGACCUCGUGUUUCAACAUCACGCAAACGCUGAUCCAGGAUCGUCUUCUGAGUGCAGGACAUGACAUCAGCGAUGGAGGACUCAUUUCCUGUUUGCUGGAGAUGGCGUUUGCUGGAAACCGAGGGAUCGAUGUGGAGGUGACGUCAGACGGAGCUGAAGUGAUGCAGCUGCUGUUCAGCGAGGAGCUCGGUCUGGUUCUGGAGGUCUCUCAUCGUCACAUUCAGACCGUCUGUCAGAGAUUCAAAGACGGCGGUCUUCAGUGUCGACGUGUCGGCAGAACCUUCGGCUUUGGACCGGACUCUGAGGUCAGAGUGCGUGUAGACGGACAGGAAGUGCUGCGAGCGUCUCUACCUGAGCUCCGAGGAUUAUGGGAGGAGACAAGUUUCCAGCUGGAGCGGCUUCAGGCCGAUGAGACUUGUGUGCGACAGGAAGAGGAUGGGCUAGCCAAGAGAACUCAGCCCUUCUUCAAACUGACCUUUGACCCCUCAGAGAAGCCCAGCGUCAGCAAGCUGACCGCUCGUCCUUCUGUCGCCGUGAUCAGAGAGGAGGGAAGUAACGGAGACCGAGAGAUGAGUGUGUCUCUGCACAUGGCCGGCUUCCAGGUGUGGGAUGUCACCAUGCAGGAUCUCUGUUCUGGUUUUGUAACUCUGGACUCCUUCAGAGCUGUCGUGUUUGUCGGAGGAUUCAGCUACGCAGACGUGCUCGGAUCUGCUAAAGGUUGGGCGGCGUCUGUCACCUUUAACGGCAAAGCGAAGGCAGAGUUUGAAGCCUUCCGCCGUCGUAGCGACACUCUGAGUCUGGGCGUGUGUAACGGCUGCCAGCUGCUCGCUCUGAUUGGCUGGGUGGGCGAGGAGCAGGAGGGAGCAGGGGGUGACGUGGUCCUGACCCACAACCAGUCCGGGAGGUUCGAGUCCAGGUUCGUGAGUGUAGGUAUCCAGGAGUCCCCAUCGGUCUGGCUCAGAGGCAUGCAGGGCUCGGCUCUGGGAGUGUGGGUCGCACACGGAGAAGGUAUGAUGCAGUUCCGAUCCCCCCAGGUUCAGGAAAGGAUCCUCUCAGGUGGGCUUGCCCCUCUCCGUUUCCUGGAUGACCAGGGUAAUCCCACGGAGGAGUACCCUCUGAACCCUAACGGCUCUGCGGGGGGCGUGGCUGGGCUCUGCUCUCAAGACGGGAGACACCUGGCCAUGAUGCCUCACCCGGAGCGCUGCACCCUUAGCUGGCAGUGGCCCUGGGCCCCCAGCACCCUCAGAGGGUCCCUCACACCUUCACCGUGGUUACGCAUGUUUGAAAACGCUGCUGAAUGGUGCAGAAACACGCAGUGAAGCCUUGAGCACACACACACACACACACACACACACACACACACACACACACACACACACACACACACACACACACACACCUGAAUAUUUCUAGAAAGUGUCUGUAUCUCUUCCCUGAGAGUUUCCAACACUAUAGAGGAUGAGGCGGCAGAGAGGCUUUCACUGUGAUGAUAUUUUUUACAUUUCUUCCUUUUAAGGUGAUGCUCUUUCUUCAGCUUCAGGUGUUUUAAAUCAUCCUGUUACAUCUCGCUCUCAUAGCCUCACACUGAUCACAUGAUUUAAACAUCAUCACCUCUUUCUGCGCUCUCACAGCUCGCCUUUACUGCAGUUUGCUUUCACACAUCCUCCCAGAAAUGUAGUUUUCAGCUGUUUUGUGUGUGUGUUUGAACGCAGCAUGAGAGUGUGUGCGUUCAUGUUUCCGUUACUGGCUUGUGUGAACACUUGAUUACUCCUGUCAUGCAUAUCUACUGUCACUGACUGUAUGUACUGCGAUACUGUCUGUAGUAUAGUCGUAGUUUUACUGUUGUAUAAAUAAAAAUAAUAAAAGUGU